CGCGGAUGAGGGCGGCGCCGCUGCCGCCGGCGGGAGGUUUGAAAUGGCCGCCGCGGAGUCCAGGCUGCUCCGGGGUGGUGGUCGCUGCCCGCCCACCCGGGGCUGAGGGCGGAAAUGGCCACCAAGCGCCUGGCCAGGGAGCUGGGGCUGGCGCGGAGCAGCUCGCGGGCGCGGAGCAGCGCGGGGGCGGCCCCGGGGCAGCGCUUCGGGUACCUGAUCGUCCUGGACUUCGAGGCCACGUGCUGGCGGCGCGCGGAGCGGCGCGUGCCCGAGAUCAUUGAAUUCCCAGCGGUUCUGUUAAACACUGCAACAGGGGAGAUCGAAGCUGAAUUCCACACCUAUGUCCAGCCCCAGGAGCAUCCUGUUCUUUCUGAUUUUUGUAAAGAAUUAACCGGCAUAACGCAGAGCCAGGUUGAUGAAGCUGUCCCGCUAAACAUUUGUUUGUCGCAGUUUUGGAAAUGGAUUCAAAAGAUACAGAGGGAGAAGAAAAUUAUAUUCAGUUCAGAUAUUCCAAGUCAUUCUACUUCAGAAGCAAAACUAUGUACCUUUGUUACUUGGACAGACUGGGACUUGGGUGUGUGUUUGCAGUAUGAGUGCAAAAGGAAGCAGCUGCGAAAACCUGACAUUUUAAAUUCCUGGAUUGAUCUUAAAGCAACAUACAGGACCUUCUAUAACAGGAAGCCUAAAGGGCUAAGUGGCGCUUUGCAGGAUUUAGGGAUAGCUUUUGCAGGACGGGAACAUUCUGGGCUGGAUGAUUCUCGGAAUACUGCCCGUCUUGCUUGGAGGCUGAUUUGUGAUGGAUGUGUGCUGAAGGUUACUAAAUCUUUGGAUAAGGCACAUCCGAAAAAUAAUUUAUUUUCCAGAACGCUGGCUAUAAACUUUGCUGACAAGACUCCACUGGGAAGCAACAGCAGACCGGAAACAUCUAGAGAUGGAGCUUGCGAAACAAACUCUCUGGCUGAGAAAAACAACAAUGGUAUUGCUGGAACUGAGGCAAGUUCUGAUAUACAACCGGAAGAACCACAGAGCACUCAGGCAGAUUCCUCUGCCCACAUCCACGCUGUGCCCAGCAGCAGCUCAAGGACCGAGUUACGCGCUCAAGCCCAAAGCUCUUCAAGAGCAUCUCCCACCAGCUUUCGCGCUCCCCUGGUGCAGGCAGGGCGGGCUGGCAGCGCUGCGCCGACAGGCGCUCAGCGAGGGCUGGGCAGCGGGCAGGCGCUGAGCACGGCCAGACGCAGCCCCCCGGCACAGGGACCAGGCCUGGUGCUCGUCUCCACAACCAUCUCCUCCGUUAACAUCUCCCACGAGGACAUCAGCACCAGUUCUGAUUGCUUGGCUCUGCUGACUGACUGGGAAGAUGUUGCUUUGAUACCAGAAUCUCAAUAUGAACAACAUUCAGAUUGUGUUCAAUUCAACAAUAACUCAAGUACAGAUAUUUUACCUGUGCUUGAAGAGAAAAUUAUUUCAGAACAAUCAGCUGUAAUGAGUUCAGAUCAUCAAAGUUUGGAAAAAACUGUAGUACCUGUGGAACCUCCAAAAACUAUCAUUUACAAAAGUCCUGAUACUACUAUCUAUAAUGCAGGAACAGCACAAAGACAGACUUCAGAUUUUUCCACUUUUAAGUUACCAUCUGCAAAAGUAAAUGCUAUUUCAGCACAAUCAGCACUAACUGGAAAUUAUUCUAUGCAUUCAGAGGGUCCUAAAAGAAAGCCAACAAGUCCAAAAAUGUUCCCACCAGCAAAAAAACAGUCUUUUGCUAUAUACCAAGAGAAAACUGCUUCUUUCGAUCAUUCCUUACCUUUAAGAAGUUCAAAUUUGCCCAAAGCGUCUCCAGCCGUUCUGAACUCCACAGUCAAUUUGGAUCAGUCUGUAAGAGCUGUGAAAAAUGGAAAACCGACUCCCCCUCUGUGUGACUGCGGCCGAAGAGCUAAAAAACUGUAUGUGUCAAACAACGGUCCAAACCAUGGGAAAGGAUUUUUUUGUUGUCCUGUUGGCAAGCAUGAAGGCGGUAAGAAAGGUUGUGGAUACUUCAAGUGGGAAUAUGCACUUCUAAAAGAGAAAUCUAGUGGUCUCACCCUGAACGCAGACCCUUUGACCUCUCCUGGAACUUACACAAGCAAUUCAGGGAAUUCUUCCAACAAAACAUAUUUGUGUCUUAGACCCUCUAUGAGAACUUGAAAAUGGAUAUUGUUUGUUUUUUUUCUUUUGGUCCAAAUCUUAAAUUCAGUAGGUUGAUCACACUUGAUAUUAUCAGGACAGUCAGAUUAUGUCAGAGAUAUGUUUGAGAAUGGGACAAACCCAACGCUGGCUAACACAGAUAGAAAUGGGAAUUGCUCAAGCAUGGAAAAAUAUCGAUAUAUCAGAAAGUAUCUUGUUAAUGAAAUAUGAGAGAACAGGUAAAACUAUAAAGUGCCAGCAUUAAAGUAUGAGCAACUGUUGCUGCAAAUCUUACAUUUCUGCUUUAUCAUGUAUUUCAAAAUCUUUACUAGUCCAGUUCUUAAAGAACAUUUUAAUGAUAGAGAUUUUACUUAUACUUUUUUUUUUUUUUCUAAAUAUACAUGUAAUGAUUAUAACUAGCUUUUAAAAAUGUAUUUAGAAGUUGUUACAUUUCUCAGAAGUGAUUCUUGAAGCAAUAGUGUUCUCUUAAACUUACUGGGGUUGUUUUAUCCUUUAAGUUAAAUAACAAUAAAGAUAAAAUGCUGGUGAGACUUCAUCAAAUACUUUAUUUAACACACAUCAGCUAUUGUACUCUUGACUACAUGAGUUUCCCAUUUCAUUUCUAUCAGUCUGCCUGCACUACUAUUAGCUAUUAGUGUAGCACCUGGGACAGCCAAAUGCUGGGAAUCAGGUAAGAAUUUAUGCAAACCUAAACUAAGAAGGACAUAGUAUGAUGUCUUUUAUUCUACAUUACUGUGUAAAUCUGCAAUAUCUUAAUUUGUAAAAAAUCCUAUUAAAAAGCAACAAGUACUUCUAA